UACACAAUCUCCUCGAAGGAUGUCUGGGAUCACUUUAAAUUCGGACUGCGAGGACUGUUUAUCUCCCGUGGUCAACAGCACGGAGUUACAUUCACACUCCAUCGUGGAUGACGACGACGAACUUCUCAGAUACAUCUGGAGAGAGUACUUACACCCCAAGCAGUACGAAUGGGUGCUCAUUGUGGCUUACAUUAUUGUGUUCUUCGUUUCACUCAUUGGAAACUCGCUUGUUUGUUUUGCAGUGUGGAAAAACCGCCACAUGCGCACCGUGACCAACUACUUCAUAGUGAAUCUCUCCCUGGCUGAUGUGCUGGUCACCAUCAUCUGCCUGCCUGCGAGUCUUGUGGUGGACAUCACAGAGACGUGGUUCUUCGGAAGCACUCUUUGCAAAAUCGUCCCUUAUCUGCAGACCAUCUCUGUUUCUGUAUCAGUCCUCACCCUGAGUUGCAUCGCCCAGGACCGCUGGUAUGCCAUCUGCCACCCGCUGAUGUUCAAGAGUACAGCCAAGAGGGCUCGCAAGAGUAUUGUUGUAAUCUGGCUUGUGUCAUGCAUCAUCAUGAUUCCUCAAGCUAUUGUGAUGGAGUGCAGCAGCCUUCUGCCCGAACUCACGAACAAGACCCGUCUGUUCACAGUGUGCGAUGAACACUGGGGAGCUGAGAUCUACCCAAAGGUGUAUCACACCUGUUUCUUCAUCGUCACAUAUUUCGCUCCGUUGUGUCUCAUGGUCCUGGCCUACAUUCAGAUUUGUCACAAGCUGUGGUGUCAACAGAUUCCUGGAAGCACCUCAGUGCUGCAGAGGAAGUGGCGGUCCAUCCAGUGCUCGGCGCCCAACACAGGGGCCGGGGAGACCGUGCGGGUUAGGACGAGCACGGUCUGUGCCGAGAUCAAACAAAUCAGAGCUCGACGGAAGACGGCUCGCAUGCUGAUGGUGGUGCUCUUUGUUUUUGCCUUGUGUUACCUGCCAAUUAGCGUGCUCAAUGUCAUGAAAAGAGUCUUUGGAACUUUCAAGAAGACAAAUGACAGGGAGACGGUGUACGCAUGGUUCACUUUCUCCCAUUGGCUCAUAUAUGCCAACAGUGCAGCAAAUCCUAUCAUCUACAAUUUCCUAAGUGGGAAGUUCCGCGAGGAGUUCAAAUCCGCCUUUUCUUGCCACUGCUGCGGACGGCAGGAAAGCGGGACACAGAGGACAAGGACCAGAACCAGCACGGACAGCCGUAAAUCCCUGUCUACUCAAGUUAACAACAUGGACAACAUGUCUGGCAUAUCGGAUCACAUGGUGUAGGCUCAGGGUCCUGGUGGGGAGCUCUCCCGCGGCCAACUCAAUCUUCUAAGGGCAUUAUUGAUGCAGAAAUGUGCAAAGCUGAGGGGGAAAAAAGCGGCUUUUGGAUGAAAAAGAAUCCCUGUUUUUAUGUGUGGUUACAAAGACAAUAAGAAAACAGACCACUUUUUUCCGGGAGACUUUCUCUUGUCUUUUAUAAUCACUUGUAACUAAAAGAAAGUGUCUAUUUAUGGGGAAGACACCAUUUCGGUGUCUGCGUGUUAUUCAUGACUUGACAUUUUGGAUUGCAUAGAAUUUUACUGUAUAUUUUUAUUUUUUCUUCAGUAUCCAGAAUCAUAUAUUGGCAUAAAGUCAACAUAACAUUAUGACCGCCUUCCUAAUAUUGUGUAGGUCUCCCUUGUCCCUCAAAACGGCUCUGACUCAUCCGAGAAUAGUCAUGGGGAAUAGAGAACAGACUGAGUCUGAGGGGGUCAUGUGGUGCCUGGCAACAGGAUGUUGUUAGUGGGGGCCUUUGAGAGGAGGGACCUCUGUGGAUCAGUGCAUCCCAGAUACUUAAUCAGUUUGGGAUUUAGUGAAUUUU